AUGGUCAACAGAUUCGCACCGGUCGACAAGAUCCAUCAAGCACUCCAUGCCUACCACGUUGUCGCCGAUGAGCGAGGCGAAGUUGUCUCGUCCGUGCACUACUGCUCAUGCAGUGCCACCGGUGACCAUUUCCAGUGUCUCAUCUACGAAUCCGACGAUCCGGAUGCCAAACUCAUCGGAGUUGAAUACAUGAUUCCCGAACACAAGUUCUUGCAGCUCCCCGAAGACGAGAAAAAGUACUGGCAUUCUCACGUCUACGAAGUCAUGAGCGGAUCGUUGGUGCUUAUCGGUCUCCGAGUCGGUGCCGUUGCCGACGCCGCAGCUGGAGCACUCAAGAGCGCAGAGGAUGCCCUCAAGUCAGUUGCUGGUCCAGGUGCGACGGGUGGUGCGGUACCCGACGCUGCCGAAAUGGCCGCGCUGGCUAAAGUCAAGAAGCUAUAUGGGAAAGCAAUUCAUCUCUGGCACCCGCCCUCGUCGGACGUUCCGCUCGGGCCACCUCGUCUCAUGAUGCCGACCGAUCCAAAGUAUGGCGGAGCUCCCGACGACAUGAUCAAGCAAAGAGACGAGCGCUACGGUAUCGACACCGAGCUGAAAAAGAAGCAGAGGCAAGAAAAGCUCACCGAGUCCUUCGUGCCCAACAGCGCGGCCGACCAAUACGCUCACUCUGGCAAGACGCCCCAGUUCACCUCCGAGCAGCGACAGGUUCAGCCUCCGACCUAG